CAGGCCGGAACCCAAGAUGGCUGCGCUCUUGUUGAGUUCAUGGGACGGAUGACUAGCCAGCUGAGUAACACAGACUCCAUUGGCACUCAGUGAAGGAAUAAUAGUCACAAGCAAGAUGGAGAUGGAGAACUCUAAGAGCAGCUGGGCUUCUGUCUAAUAAUGUUCAUGCUGCCUAAGCACAAAGUCAUCAAGAGUCAAUAACCUGGACACCUCUAAAAAUAAGGUUUACCUGUAAAUUCAUAAGACUGCUUUUUAAAAUAAGCCUACUAUUCACAAACCAUUUUUUGGAGCAUCUUUUAUGUGUCAGACAUUGUUACAAGUGCUAUAGAUGCCAAGUAUUCUAGUCCUAUCCUUGAGCUCAAAGUCUAGCAGGGGAGACAUGUUGGCCGUCAUUGCCUCCGUGCCCAUCUUAGUCCUCAGCUCUGCAUCAGAAAUACUGUUCCUUUGGGAACCUCAGCGAAAGAAGAGAUGGAGAGGUUCUGGAAUAAGAACACUAGUUCAAACCGUCCUUUGUCUCCCCACAUCACUAUCUACAGUUGGUCUCUUCCAAUGGCGAUGUCUAUCUGCCACCGUGGUACUGGCGUUGCUUUGAGUGCAGGGGUCUCUCUUUUUGGCUUGUCGGCCCUGUUGGUCCCCGGGAACUUUGAGUCUCAUUUGGAAUUUGUGAAGUGCCUGUAUCUGGGACCAGCAUUGAUCCACUCAGCCAAGUUUGCACUGGCCUUCCCUCUCAUGUAUCACACCUGGAAUGGGAUCCGACACUUGAUGUGGGACCUGGGAAAAGGCCUGAAGAUUCCCCAGCUAUACCAGUCUGGAGUGGUUGUCUUAGUUCUCACUGUGUUGUCCUCUGCCGGCCUGGCAGCCAUGUGAAGAGUUGAAGCUUCCAGCAUCAUCUUCCCACAAAUCACACCACCUAGCUUCCUGAUUGUCACUUUCUCCAGCCAGGCCAACGCUCCCCUGAUUUGUUUAGACCGCUUUGUGUUUGCGGAGGCCCCUAGAGCACAGUAGCUGUAGAGUAGCUUAUGGAACAAUAGUAGUAGAAAAGGGUCCAAUUUCUUCUGUUUCCAAAGAUAAAAUGGCUGUAAAAACUCCCUUUUAUUGCCCCCAGCUUUCAGCCUGCUCUGGCCUAGGAACCCUUAUCCUCUCUCCAUAUUCAGCCUUAAUUUGUGCUGAGGGUCAGCUUUUGGCUCUUUCUUCAUGAGACAGUAGAAACAAUGCCAGCUCUGUGGCCUGGCCUGGGUCUGGGAGUGAGGUUUUGGGUGCCUCUGCCUGUGGGUUGCUGGCUUAAAGGACAGUUCUGUUUAUUGGUCAGAGCCUAGGGUCUUCAGCACCCACACAGUGUGACUAAAAGAAGAGGGUGGGGGUGGUGGGGAGAUAGCCUGCUCUAGAGGGAAAUGAGAGGGCAAGUUGGUUCUUGGAACAGGUGGUUUGGAGAGAAGAUAAAUAGCUUUUGAUGUGAGGAGAUGACCCAGAAAAUCAUCAUCAGAUCUAAUAAAGGUUAUUUUUUUUUUCCAUGCAUUUCCAGAAAAACCUCUUAAUGUCAUGUUUUCUAAUCCAAAUUCAUGUGAUAUCUUUUUUCUGAAACUGAAUUAAAAUACUCAUUUUGUCUUUGACUC